UUUGUCCUUGUUUAGCGGUUGAGUCUAGAAUGGAUACAGCUAUUGUCAACAUGUACUUUUUGUAGCAGAUUUGGAAUAAUUUAUUACGCAGUUUAGGAUAAUAAACGCAUCAGAUAAGGCUAGGAAAAGAGGUAGGUUUAGCUGAUAUUCAAAAAAUGUCAAUAAUAUACUUUUAUCGACAAUUUGACAAAAGCUGUAUCCCAUCUAGGCAUGACCUUGUUUAGCUGGCUAUCUAGCUAUUUGUCCUGUAUUUUUAAACGUUUUCUAAUUUUAGCAGCCCGGUUUAUUAACCCGAAUAUUUGGUCUCGGGAAUAAAACAGUAGCACCGAUGACCGACUGCGAGGGACUUCAAGACGUUUCAUGUAGUUUUUACUCUUGAAGAAUAUGGAGGUAGUGGACAGUCCUCUUAACCUCGCCCAUCAGCAGUCCAGGAAGGCAGACCGCUUGUUGGCAGCUGGUAAAUAUGAAGAAGCUAUUUCCUGCCAUGGGAAAGCUGCAGAGCUGCUGAGGGAAGCCAUGAAGUUAACAGAGUGUGAACAGGCUGGUUUGUCCAUGGUGCUCCAGAGAGACAGCCACGUGAAGCAGCAGCGGCUUAUUGAGGAGAAGUGGAAGAGGACCAGACAGGAGGGCAAUCCCAUGGUCCUCCUGAGCCACCCCUCUACCGACCAGCCCCCCGGCCUCGUGACCAACGAGCCCCCCCGCCACCCAGAGAGGGAGUACGACACCUGGCUGUACCUCCUGAAGAACAAGGGCUCCCCCCCUCCCCCCACACCCUGCCCCGGCAGCAAGGCCCACAAGGAUGAUAAGACCCGCCUGGAGGAGCAGCAGACCACCAUCGCCAGCCUGCGGCGCCACAUAGACGUUCUGCUGGGAGAGAACGAGAAACUGACCCAGGACAACAAGCGCCUGCGAGGGGAGAACAUCCGGCUGAAGAGGGAUGCAGCGGACACAGACUUACUGGAGAAAUCAGAGCUGUGGGUUCUUCCCCAGUCAGAGGAGAGGAGGAACAAGGACAUCUCCAUACCUAACCUGCCCCCUCUGGAGAUGCCCACCCAGGACAUCUCUCUGGACGACCUGCCUGCCCUGGAGCUCCCCGAGGACAUCCAGCACGAACUGCAGGCGCUGCUGGACAGAGACGACAAGCUGUGAUGAGACAGGCGGACAGACAGCCCAGUACUAACUAACUAAAGGACGCCUCUCUACAGAGAGACUGUCCAGACUGGACUGGAAGAAAGCUGGCAAAUCUCAAUAAAAGUGUUUGAUUGGUCGGUGGCCUCAGGCACUAGAUAGCAACCACAAAUGGUCACCGUGACAAGUUGGUAAAGGUCAUUUCUCCUAGUUCUGUCUGUGUCCUCAGUGUCUCUACUAGUGGGUACUACAUCUCGUACACACACACAAAACAAACUCUUUGCAGAAAUUGUGCCUUUGAAAAUGUCUGAAAUGAAGUCAAAAGGGAGGUGACCAUCAUCAGUGAUCUCCCUGCUUUGAUAACAGGCCUCUAUAUCUGGAGGCCCUGAUUGGUUGACUGGGACGACCUACUGACCCUCUGAUACCCACCUGGGACGACCUACUGACCCUCUGAUACCCACCAGGGACGACCUACUGACCCUCUGAUACCCACCAGGGACGACCUACUGACCCUCUGAUACCCACCAGGGACGACCUACUGACCCUCUGAUACCCACCAGGGACGACCUACUGACCCUCUGAUACCCACCAGGGACGACCUACUGACCCUCUGAUACCCACCAGGGACGACCUACUGACCCUCUGAUACCCACCAGGGACGACCUACUGACCCUCUGAUACCCACCAGGGACGACCUACUGACCCUCUGAUACCCACCAGGGACGACCUACUGACCCUCUGAUACCCACCAGGGACGACCUACUGACCCUCUGAUACCCACCAGGGACGACCUACUGACCCUCUGAUACCCACCAGGGACGACCUACUGACCCUCUGAUAC